GCCGUAAUAAACUGGGCCUGCAUAUGGCACCAUCUCCGCUCCGCCUCGCGACGGUCCUGCUUCACGCGGCCGCCUCCGCCGCGUUCAGCCUCCCGGCGCUGCCUUCUCGCGCCGCUCCUCGCUGUGCUGUGGCGUGCGGCUUUUCGGUCGACACCGUCGACCAAAAGGCGAUCGAGGAUCUCGGCGUCUUCAACUGGCCCGGCCUCGAGCGGCGCGUGCAGGACUUUGCCGAUGCGGCCGUCUCGGGGAAGCUCAAGAUGGUGUACGUAAAGUCAGGCUCCGCAACCAUCGAGGACGGAGAGGACUCGGCUGACAUCAGCGCCGGCCAGAUGGUGAUGAUCGACGACAAGGGCGAGACGCGGUGGUCCAAGAUCUCGGAGGAGGGACUGGUGCUUCUCUCCUGCGAGACGGUGCUCGCGGAGGAGGGUGCUGCCGCUGAGGAGGCUGUUGCUGCCAGCGCGGGCCAGCGCGACCUGAGCGGCAAGCCGCUGGGCGAUGCGAUCCAGGAGGACUCGCUCGACGUAACCCUCGGCGGCCUACUCACGCAGCUAGCGCUGGGACUCGCGAGUGGAGGCAUGCUCGCCGUCGGCGUCAAGCUCUUUGUCACGCCUGACUCGCCGUAGCUGCGUGCGGCGUGUGGGCGUGUGGUGUCAAUCCUAAAGGUAAAAGCGUGUUGCCGCUGCCAAUGGCCAAUGCGCCCAAAUCGGCGUCUCUCUCCCGCCUCCGCCCUGGCUCGCUCUCUCGCGUUUUAUUUUCCUGUACACCCGUGAAGUUACUUUA